AUGGGGUCCCCUUCCAGCUCCGGCUUCUACUUGAGCCGCGCGGUGGCCCUGCUGCUCGCCGGGGUGGUCGCCGCGCUCCUGCUGGCGCUGGCCGUGCUGGCAGCCCUGUACGGACACUCCGUGCGCGCCCCGCCAUCGGAACCCAGGGUCCCCGGCGUCCCCGACUCUGCGUCCUCCCCUCCCUUCGGGCAAGAGGAGACCCAGCCCACUCCAAAAUCCGGCUCUGCACCGGAGCGGGCGGCGACGACCUCCUCGAGCGACUGGCGACCCCCGGGACCCUGGGACCAGCUGCGCCUGCCGCCCUGGCUUGUGCCGCUGCACUACGACCUGGAGCUGUGGCCCCGGCUGCGGCCGGACGCGCUCGCGGCGCCCGAGGUGCGCUUCAGCGGCCGCGUGAAUAUCACGGUGCGCUGCACGGCGGCCACCACGCGGCUGCUGCUGCACAGCCUCUUCCUAGACUGCGAACGCGCCGAGGUGCGGGGCCCCCUGCCCCCGGGCACCAGGGCCGGGGCCGCGGGCCGCGUGCCGGUGGACAACGUGUGGUUCGCGCUGGACACGCAGUACAUGGUGCUGGAGCUGGGCGAGGCCCUGCAGCCGGGGGCCCGCUAUGAGCUGCAGCUCAGCUUCUCCGGCCCGGUGUUCGCGGACAUCAGGCAGGGGCUGUUCCUAAACGUCUACGCAGACCAGGGCGAGCGCAGGGCCCUGAUAGCCUCGCAGAUGGAGCCGACGUUUGCCAGGAGCGUCUUCCCGUGCUUUGACGAGCCGGCUCUGAAGGCCACCUUCAACGUCACACUUGUUCAUCACCCGGUUUACGUGGCCCUCUCCAACAUGCCGGUGCUGAGUCGGUCGGAAAGGGAAGACGUGAACGGCAGCAGGUGGACGGCCACCACCUUUCACACCACACCCCGCAUGCCCACCUACGUGGUGGCCUUUGCUGUCUGCGACUUGGACUUCGUCAGCCGCACCGAAAGGGGGAAGGAGAUCCGCAUCUGGGCACGGAAAGAAGCCAUUGCAAACGGAAACGCGGACUUCGCCUUGAACAUCACAGGGCCCAUCUUCUCUUUCCUGGAGGAUUUGUUUAACAUCAGUUACCCUCUUCCAAAAACAGAUUUAAUUGCCUUGCCUGUUUUUGACAAGCAUGCAAUGGAAAACUGGGGCCUGAUGAUGUUCGAUGAAUCUUUGUUGUUGCUGCAACCCAGUGACCAGCUGACGGAGAAAAAGGCUACGAUCACCAACGUCGUCUCCCACGAGAUCGGACACCAGUGGUUUGGAAACCUGGUCACCAUGGACUGGUGGAACAACAUCUGGCUCAAUGAGGGCUUCGCGUCUUAUUUCGAGCUUGGAGUCGUUGACAGCUUCAACCCUAGACUCCCAAGAAAUGAGAUCUUUUUAUCCGAUGUUCUGCAUGUUAUCCUUGGACAAGAUCACACCUUGGUGUCCAGAGCUGUGUCCACAAGGGUGGGAAAUUUCACAGACACAAAAGAAAUCAAUGAGCUCUUCGACCUGUUUACAUACUACAAGGGAGCCUCUCUGGCCCGGAUGCUCUACAGCUUCCUGAAUGACCGUGUCUUUAUCAGCGCCCUCAAGUCCUAUCUGGAGGCAUUUUCUUACUCCAACGCUGACCAAGAUGAUUUGUGGAGGCAUUUUCAAAUGGCUGUGGAUGCCCAGCGUGCAGUCGUCCUGCCGGCAACAGUGAAGAGCAUAAUGGACAGCUGGACCCACCACAGUGGUUUUCCAGUCGUCACUUUAAAUGUGUCCUCUGGAGUCUUGCGGCAGGAACCGUUUUACCUGGGAAAGGUCCACAAUCAGACUCUUCUCGGCCCCAGUGACACAUGGAUUAUUCCUAUUCUUUGGAUAAAAAAUGGAACUACACAAUCUUUAGUCUGGCUAGAUAAAAGCAGUGAAACAUUCCCUGAAAUGCGAGUUUCAGAUUCUGACCACGACUGGGUGAUUUUAAAUUUGAAUAUGACUGGCUAUUAUAGAGUUAAUUACGAUCAAUUAGGUUGGAAGAAAUUAAAACAGCAGCUUGAAAAGGAUCCUAAGGCAAUCCCUGUUGUGCACCGGCUGCAGCUGAUUGACGACGCCUUUGCCUUGUCCAAAAACAAUUAUAUUGACAUUGAAACGGCACUUGAUUUAACCAAGUACCUUGCUGAAGAAGAUGAAAUCGUAGUGUGGCGUGCAGUCUUGGUAAACUUGAUAACCAGCGAUCUUGUUUCUGAUGCGAGCAACUAUGAUAUGUACCCAUUCUUAAAGAAGUAUCUAUUAAAGAGACUUAAGUCAAUAUGGAAUACUUAUUCAACUAUAAUCCGUGAAAAUGUGGCAGUACUACAAGAUGACUAUUUGGCUCUAAUAUCCCUGGAGAAACUCUUUGGAAGUGCGUGUUGGUUGGGCCUUGAAGACUGUCUUCAGCUGUCAAGAGAGCUCUUCAGAAAAUGGAUGAGCCGUCCCGAGGAUGUAAUACCAAGUCCAAUUAGAAGUAUGGUUUUGUGUUACGGCGUUGCCUUGGGAAGUGAUGAAGAAUGGGACUUUGUGUUCAAUUUCUACACUAAUACCACGGAGGAAGAGGAAAGGAUACAGUUUGUUUACGCCAUGAGCUGCAGUAGAGACCCGUGGAUACUUAACAGGUAUUUGGAAUAUGCCAUCAUUGUAUCUCCAUUUGCUUUUAAUGAGACAAAUGUGAUUGAAACCGUGGCUGCCUCCGAAGUUGGCCGGUACAUUGCAAAGGACUUUUUAGUCAACCACUGGCAGGCUGUGAGUGAAAGGUACGGCCCACAUGCCUUGGUUAGUCUCAUGUACACGAUUGGGAGAACAAUAAGUACAGAUUCACAGAUCGCAGAGCUGCAGCAGUUUUUCAGCAGCAUGUUGGAGGAGCACCAGAGGCUCGCAGCCCAGGCCAGACUGCAAAGCACGAAGAACGAGAAUCUGGACCACAGAAAGCGAAGCGCCAGGAUCGCCGCGUGGCUGCGCAAGCACACGUAGCCCCGGGAGUUACCGCUAGUCCACGCCAGCUGUCUUGC